UGCGACGGUGGAAACGAGACGCGGCGCUCGGGCAUGUCUAGAGUGUCGCUCCUUGAAGAGCAGAUGCACUGGCAAGCUGCCCAGCUGCGCCGCCUGUCUUCGCCGAGGCAAGGCCUGCAUGUACCCGGAGCCCAAGCGUGCUCCCGCCCGCUCGGGCGAGGCCUCCCCGUCUGACCACGCGGCGACACGGCUGCCCCUGCCUUUGAUCAUCUCUGACAGCCCGACCGCGACGGCGGCCGGCAGGACUCCAGAGUCGGCGGCCGCCACGAGUACGGAGCAGCCACGCAUGUCUCGAGCAAGCGCCAGGCACGAGACCGCUCGGUCGUCUACGGUGGAAGGGGGACACCCGCUCCCGCCACUGCGAGACCGGCUCCACCUGAUCAUCGAUUUCUUCCGUCACGUUCAUCCGCUCCCGGGGUUUGCCAUUUUGAACGAGGAAAGCUUCACGCAGCGGUGCCUGGAGGAGACCAUGGAAGAGGCACUGGUCUCGGCCAUCUGUGCCGUUUCUGCCCUUCUCCUCGGCCACUCCAAAUACCACCCCGCUGCCACGUCUUCGUGGAUAGCUGCUGCCGAGACAGCCGUCUGGGCCAACCUCGAGCACCCGACCAUCUUCAGGAUCCAAGCCCUACUGCUAGCGAUCCAAUACCGCGUCAUGAAUGGCGACUUUGGGCGCGGCUUCAUGCUCUUCUCACUCGCCUCUCGCUCCGCCACUGCUCUGCGGCUAACUUACGAGCGGACGGAGCUGUCGCAUCUGGCGCAGGAGAUACGGCGCAGACUGAUGUGGUCUUUAGCCAUGAUGGAUAUCGGCUUCGCCACUGGGCUGCCAGAGUGCGAAGUCUGCCCCCUCGGGACCGUCUGCCUCCGGUUGCCAGGCCCCGAGGAGACCUUCACUGCCGAAUACGAUGCAGAUACAGAUCCGACAACCCUCGGUCCCGGUCUGGAUGGCGUGCAUGAAGAUGGCCUCCUCGCGACAUAUAUUCAACUGACCAAGGUGCGGCGAGAUUUAAUGCAGUUGAGACGGGAGCUGGAGACGAUGACGCAACCGACGCCUCUUCUCAUGCCUGCCAUGGACGGUAUUGUAGCCGACCUGGGCCGAAUACUUCCCAAGCCAUAUUCUGCCGCCGAGCUGCGCCGUUACGCCCAGUCGCGCUGGCUGGCAAGGUAUUUGGCAGUCUACCUGACAUGGCACCAGUCCCAUUGCGACGCAUAUCGGCUGCUUCUGUCUGGGUAUAAAGAGGCUGCCCCUGACGCUGUCGUGCACGGCGUGCCGCCAGCAUACAUCGCCAGGGCCGUGGCCUCCUGCCUGGAUCACGCAAGGGCUAUCAUUUCCAUCUUGCACGAGGUCCACACGCUCAGCCCACCCCUGCGGGUUGCUCCCCCAGACGUGGCAAUUUGCGGCUACCACGCGGCCCGCCUGAUCCUCUUCAUCAGCAGCUCUCCGCAGAACCCCCUCGAGGCGGGCAUCACAGGAGCGGACGCCUUGACGCAGGCGCGAUUAGUCCUGGACAUCACCACGCAAAAGCGGCCCUGCACCGCUACGGACAAGAUCAUCAUCAAGGUGCUGAGACGCCUCGUCCAUCCUGCCGCGGCGGGCCAGCCCGAGCAUGGCCGCGACUCUUCCGGUGACUCGGAUGAAGAUGGUGGGAGCCGCCACCGGCCGCGCUACGCCCGCGUGGCGAAGCAGCGGCAGGGUCUGGGCGUCCACAGCGUGCUGAGGAACGCUCGCUUCCUCGACGACAGCGCCGUGGCUGCCCAACGCUCGGUUGUUGCGGGCCAUGACCAGCAGUUGUCGGCUUCUGCCGCCAGCCACCCCUUGCCCGAGCAGCAGCAGCAGCAGCAGCAGCAGGAACUCUCUGACUCUCUGGCUCUGGCUAGUAUCCGCCACCGGCAAGAGCACCCGACGACCGGGGAAGUUGACACGGCUGGCAGCUUCGGCCAGCACCCCGCAGGCCCGUUCGCAGGCAUCUACCCCCAGCUACCCAUGCUUGGAGAACAGCAGAUGACACUAUUGGAUCCAGGUCUGAUGGACGGGACGCAGUUCGGCAGCCCGGAUUCCUGGGUUUUGUGGGCGCCGGGAGGGGCCAACCCAGUCGACUGGGGGUUGCAAACCGACGGCGACUUCUUUUAG